AUGGCUGCACCCUCAGAACAAAGAAUUGCGGUUCCAAUCGACGACCCCAAUGCCGAUACCGAAUGGAAUGACAUUCUGCGCAAGCAUGGCGUUAUCCCCGAGAAACCCCCCAGCCCUACUCCCAUGAUCGAGGAAGCCAUUCUCGAGGCGAGAAGGCUUGCGCAUGAGAAUCGACUUGAGGGAAAAGAGCUGGAUGAGCUUGACGAGUUGGAAGACGACGAAGACGAUGACUUUUUAGAGCAGUACCGCCAGAAGCGCAUGGCCGAGCUAAGCAAUCUGCAACAAAAGUCCAUCCAUGGCUCCGUAUACCCCAUAUCGAAGCCCGACUAUCAGCGCGAAAUUACAGAAGCGUCCAACAACGGUCCUGUCUUCGUGAACCUCACAUCAGCCUCAGGGGCAACGAAUGUGGAGUCGAGAGUACUAUCAGACCUCUGGAGGCAAGCUGCGAAGGAGUAUGGCGACAUAAAGUUUUGCGAAAUCAGAGCCAAUCAGGCCAUCGAAAACUACCCAGACCGAAACUGCCCUACAAUCUUGGUGUACAACAAAGGAGAUAUUGUAAAGCAGAUCGUGACCCUCUUGACCUUGGGAGGCGUUCGGACCAACAUGAGACAUAUCGACGACAUACUCGUUGAGGUUGGCGCCGUGCCUAACUCUGAUAUGCGAGUAGUCAAGAGGAGAAGAGCGGCGGAGGAGGCUGAGGAGGAACGACUAGCCGGCGGCAAAACUAUCAAGACAAGUAAUAUUGGGCGAGCGCAGGUUGACUCGGAUGACGAUGAUUGGGACUGA